AUGGCAACUAAUAAUUCAAAACCACCAAAGGGGUAUAAUAUGUCAGAGGACAGUGCCCUUCGUUUGAGGUCACGCCACAGUCAUACGGAUGUAUUCAAGCAAGUUCAAAAUGCUAAGAGAGACUUCGGCAAUAAAACGAAGAAGAUCAAACCAGCAAUGUAUUUACACCCGGUUGGUCAAAUACCUGAUUUUCAAAGAUUCCCAAAUUCGAAAAAAUUCGACUCUGAAACGGUGGAGCAGUAUCUGGAAAAUGCCAUCCUCUAUGAAGAUGCAGCUCAGCUUAUGGAAAAGCGCCAAGAGUUUGCUGUAAUUGAAGAUGACUUCGGACCGGCACUGGAGAAAAUGCUGAAAGGUGGGAAUCCACCAUCAUUAGAAAAUCUAAUGAACGCUUGCAGGGAAUAUGACGAGUUGAACGAUAUCACCACGCAUAAUAAAAAGAGCCAAGCUACCUAUGGGUAUUUCGUAGAACGAGGAGUUUCAGAAGACGAUGCAAGAGCAUAUGCUUUCGCAAUUGCAUUCUACACUGGCGCAUACAGUGCACUGGUCAGUAUGGAAGCCAAUGUGUUUGCCCGACGAUUGGUGACAUCAAAUGAACUGAAUAUGGAUGAAAUUAGUACUAGUAGCAAUGCAGCCCUGAUCAUGUAUUAUCUAAUCAAAGGCCUCUCGCACAUUGAUUUCUAUUGGGGCACUGUGGUACGCUACGUAAAAUUAGAACCGAAAGAUCUGGAGGACUAUCAAACUGGCGAAAUCGUAACGUGGCUGCAAUUCAGUAGUGCAGAUAAAGGUGGAAAAGACAUGUCAUAUUUUAAGGAUCGUAAUACGAUCUUCAUUAUAUCUUCACUGACUGGCCGAAGCAUCCAGCAUUUUUCGAAUUGUGGUGACGACGAAGAUGAAGUUCUUUUUCUUCCUCACUCAUCUUUUCUUGUAUGCCAAGUAAAAUACAAUGAAAAAGAAAGAAAAAAUUAUAUAUAUUUGAGACAAAUCGAAUUAGGCUUUUCCAAAUAUGUGGUACUGUGGGUUGACGACAAUAUUUUUGAUGCAGGAUGGGAAAAUAAAGGACACAUGGAAAAAGCGAGCACACUAGGAACUCGUGUUAAUGUUCACUUCGUUCCUAAGUCCAAUACAGAAUCUGCACUUACAUUUCUGCGUUCGACGUUUGGGAAACGACUGAAAGACAGCAAUACAUUCCGUAUUGUCACUGAUAUGAAGCGAACAAAUGAGAGCUCUCCCAGAAUAGCAGGUGCUCUCUUAUUACGUGAAGUACGGAAACUUGGUUUUAACCAGUCUUGCCUCAUAUUCACGGGCCAUGAAGAGUCAGCAUACGAAAAAUUGAACCAAGUAUUUGGUACUAAGAAAUUGGACGGUAUCAAAGUAACUCAAGAACAGUCUCUACUAGAAAAGUUUGUACUUUUCAAACGAAAUUGA